AUGGCUAAAACUCUCUCCGCCUCGCAGGCUAACAAGGAGCAUGUCCUGGCCGUAUCCAGGGACUUCAUAUCCCAGCCCCGUUUGACAUACAAGACGGUGUCGGGUGUAAAUGGACCUCUGGUCAUCCUUGAUGAGGUGAAAUUCCCCAAGUUCUCUGAGAUUGUACAGCUUAAGCUUGCUGAUGGCACACUCCGCUCAGGACAGGUACUUGAGGUCAGCGGCUCCAAAGCCGUCGUCCAGGUGUUCGAGGGCACAUCGGGAAUUGACGCUAAAAACACUCUUUGUGAGUUCACUGGCGACAUUCUGCGUACACCCGUAUCAGAGGAUAUGUUGGGUCGCGUUUUCAACGGCUCCGGCAAACCGAUCGACAAAGGCCCCCCCAUCUUGGCUGAGGACUUCUUGGACAUUCAAGGUCAACCCAUCAACCCCUGGUCCCGUAUCUAUCCCGAGGAGAUGAUCCAGACAGGUAUCUCUGCCAUUGACGUGAUGAACUCCAUUGCCCGUGGACAGAAGAUUCCCAUCUUCUCUGCUGCCGGUCUCCCGCACAACGAGAUCGCUGCCCAGAUCUGUAGACAAGCCGGUCUUGUCAAGGUACCCGGAAAGUCGGUGCUCGACGACCACGAGGACAACUUCGCCAUCGUGUUCGCCGCUAUGGGUGUCAACAUGGAGACUGCCAGGUUCUUCAAGCAGGACUUCGAGGAGAACGGCUCUAUGGAGAACGUGUGCCUGUUCCUCAACCUGGCCAACGACCCCACCAUCGAGAGGAUCAUCACACCGCGUCUGGCCCUCACCGCCGCCGAGUUCUUGGCCUACCAGUGCGAGAAACACGUGCUGGUCAUCUUGACCGACAUGUCUUCGUAUGCCGAGGCCCUGCGUGAGGUGUCCGCCGCUCGUGAGGAAGUGCCCGGCCGACGUGGUUUCCCAGGUUACAUGUACACUGAUUUGGCCACCAUCUACGAGCGCGCCGGACGUGUCGAGGGCCGCAAUGGCUCCAUCACCCAGAUCCCAAUUCUUACUAUGCCCAACGACGACAUCACUCACCCUAUUCCCGAUCUGACGGGUUACAUCACUGAAGGACAGAUUUACGUAGACCGACAGCUGCACAACAGGCAGAUCUACCCGCCGGUCAACGUGCUGCCAUCGCUGUCGCGUCUGAUGAAGUCCGCCAUCGGUGAGGGAAUGACCCGCAAGGACCACUCCGAUGUCUCCAACCAGCUGUACGCUUGCUACGCCAUCGGUAAGGACGUGCAGGCGAUGAAGGCCGUCGUCGGUGAGGAGGCCCUCACACCUGACGACUUGCUCUACCUCGAGUUCCUCACCAAGUUUGAGAAGAACUUCAUCACACAAGGAAACUACGAGAACCGCACCGUGUUCGAGUCGCUCGACAUCGGCUGGCAGCUGCUGCGUAUCUUCCCCAAGGAGAUGUUGAAGCGUAUCCCAGCUUCGACCCUCGCCGAGUUCUACCCCCGCGACUCCCGCCAU